ACAGAUGGAGCAGCACUAUAAAGAAGGAAUUAUAGAAGAAAACACAAAGAAUACUAAAUAUAAACCAAUUGUAUCUACAACAUACAAUGAAAUGGAAGAGAGAAGUAAUACAAAGAUACAGGGAGAAACAGCUGAAAUGUUAGCCAUAAGUUAUAACGAGACUAAUACCAGCCAUUUCCAGCAACUGAAAAAAGAUUCAGCUGAUGUAGAAUCAACAUUUUCAGCGUUGAUUGAGGAUUCGCCGAUAGAUUUCCAGGAUCUUCAUGACUUCCCCCUAUCUGAAGAAUUACGUCUUGCUAUGACGAACAUGGAGGGCAUUGAUGCCGUAGAUGUUUUGGUAGGAGAUGUCCUCCAUUCAAAUUCAACUUGCAAUACCAAUCAGGAGUUUGUACCCAACUCAACUGUAGAUGCUUUGGUCGGUGAUGUCCUCUAUGCAGAUUCAACUUGCGACACCAAUCAGGAAAUGAAUGAGCAGUUUAUGUCCAGUUCAGUGAAUGAUGGAGACGGUGCGAAAUGUGUUAAUCCGCUGUGUAGUGAGACAAAUAUAGUUUCUGACUUACAGGAGAAGGACAGGUUAAAAAAAGACAAUCAUAAUAUCGUUGAGCGAAGACGGCGAUACAAUAUCAACGACAGGAUAAAAGAAUUGGGUUCUUUAUUACCAACAUCAAUACCACAAUCAAUGAAACUCAACAAAGGUUCCAUAUUGAGAGCAUCAGUGGAAUACGUGAAGGAGCUUAAGAAAGACAAGGAAAAGUUGACAAGAUGUGAAGCUAAACAGAAAGUAAUGGAAACAAAAUAUCAGAAAUUGCUGAUUAGAAAGUUUCAAGUCGAGUUGAAAAUGAAAUUGCACGGAUUUACGGAGGAAUUAGAUUGUAUACACGGAACGAAAAAUAAGAAACCAAGAAAGAGAUUCGAGGAAGUCGACGAAAUAGUAGAAAGUUUGAUAAAGCAAAGUCUACGUCUUAAAUCAAAGACAAUUUGGUGUGCAACCAACUCUCCUUUUAAAAGACAAGCAAAACCAAAACUAUAUUGCAACAACAGAAAUACAAAGAAUCCAAAAGCAGACUUAGAAAAGUUUAUCACAAAGAAAUUAUAUAAGGAAACUCUCUCUGAUUACCAGUCGAAUUUCAUAAAGGAUAAAUCGAAUCAGAAUCGACACAUACUGUCCUCAGAGCAGGGGAAUGCUGAUAAUACCAAUGACCUUGUCUUACCACAAAAUGCAGGUAACGUUUCAGCUACAUCAAUGAUGGAAGCGGGUUCUUUACCCCUGAUUCCUUCUAGCUAUGAGUUAAGCAUUAAACAGUCCAAUAUUUUGCUGGAUCUGCUCGGACGCCAGAAAAUCGGAAUUGUUCAACACGAGCCUUCCCGAUUCUCCACUUCUAGACAUCAUUUGAGUCGCAAUGGAAAAGCUACAUGCACAUCUCCAAUCAAAGGUUCUACCAGCAUGCUAGAAACAUUACUUAAGAAGUCUGAAAAAACUCCCUCUGUGGCAAAUUCGAUAGAAAUGUCCACUGGGGAGACAAAUUAAUUUCAGUUUUCAUUAUUUGAUUUUUUUUUUUUAUCGUCUGCUUUGCAAUAUGUGUUCUCUUUCUAAAUCGUUUUUAAUUGAAGUAUAACUGGAUUUUUUUAGCUGGAGGAAGGGUUAAUUUGUUAUCAAUUGUACAAUACUGAAAAGCCAUUAUGUGCAAUUCUUAAACAAUGUUAUUUUACUGCACAGAA